CGGCCGGGACGUGCCCCGGCAGCCACUGGUAGCGUCUGUGCCAUGGGGCUGCCUACUCUGGAGUUCAGCGAUUCCUACUUGGACAGCCCAGAUUUCAGGGAGCGCCUGCAGUGUCACGAGAUUGAGCUGGAGCGAACCAACAAGUUCAUUAAAGAGCUCAUUAAGGACGGCUCUCUGCUCAUUGGGGCGCUGAGGAAUCUGUCUAUGGCAGUACAGAAAUUUUCCCAGUCACUGCAAGAUUUCCAAUUUGAAUGUAUUGGUGAUGCUGAAACAGAUGAUGAAAUUAGUAUUGCUCAGUCACUAAAGGAAUUUGCAAGACUACUCAUUGCAGUAGAAGAAGAAAGGAGGAGACUGAUUCAAAAUGCUAAUGAUGUAUUAAUUGCUCCACUUGAGAAAUUUCGCAAAGAACAGAUAGGUGCAGCAAAAGAUGGAAAGAAGAAGUUUGAUAAGGAAAGUGAAAAGUACUAUUCUAUUCUUGAGAAACAUUUAAAUUUGUCUGCAAAGAAAAAGGAAUCUCAUUUGCAAGAGGCAGAUACACUGAUUGACCGAGAGCAUCAAAAUUUUUAUGAAGCAUCACUAGAAUAUGUCUUUAAAAUUCAAGAGGUUCAAGAAAAAAAGAAGUUUGAAUUUGUUGAACCGCUUUUGUCAUUCUUGCAGGGUUUAUUUACUUUUUACCACGAGGGAUACGAACUCGCCCAAGAAUUUGCACCAUAUAAGCAACAGCUUCAGUUCAACUUGCAGAACACAAGGAAUAAUUUUGAAAGUACUCGACAAGAAGUAGAGCGGUUGAUGCAAAGAAUGAAAUCUGCCAACCAAGAUUACAGACCACCCAGCCAGUGGACAAUGGAAGGCUAUCUUUAUGUCCAGGAGAAACGGCCGCUUGGUUUUACAUGGAUUAAACAUUAUUGUACAUAUGAUAAGGGAAGUAAAACAUUUACAAUGAGUGUUUCAGAAAUGAAAUCCAGUGGGAAAAUGAAUGGCCUUGUUACUGGUUCACCAGAAAUGUUUAAAUUGAAAUCUUGUAUCCGACGGAAGACAGAUUCAAUUGACAAACGAUUCUGCUUUGAUAUAGAAGUAGUUGAAAGGCAUGGAAUCAUCACAUUACAGGCAUUCUCAGAAGCUAAUCGGAAACUCUGGCUCGAAGCCAUGGAUGGGAAAGAACCAAUUUACACCCUGCCUGCCAUUAUUAGCAAGAAAGAAGAAAUGUAUUUAAAUGAAGCAGGGUUCAAUUUUGUGAGAAAAUGCAUUCAAGCUGUGGAAACAAGAGGCAUCACUAUUUUAGGCCUCUACCGAAUAGGAGGAGUGAACUCCAAAGUUCAGAAACUCAUGAACACAACAUUUUCUCCAAAAUCCCCUCCUGAUAUUGACAUUGAUAUUGAAUUGUGGGAUAAUAAGACAAUAACAAGUGGGCUGAAAAACUACCUCAGGUGCCUUGCAGAACCACUGAUGACUUACAAGUUACACAAAGAUUUUAUUGUUGCAGUUAAAUCUGAUGACCAAAACUACCGGGUGGAAGCUGUACAUGCAUUGGUGCACAAAUUGCCAGAAAAAAACAGAGAGAUGCUGGACAUCUUAAUAAAGCACCUUGUCAAAGUAUCACUACACAGCCAACAAAAUCUCAUGACUGUCUCAAACCUUGGUGUCAUAUUUGGCCCAACUCUAAUGCGAGCACAAGAAGAAACUGUGGCUGCCAUGAUGAAUAUUAAAUUUCAGAAUAUUGUGGUUGAAAUUCUGAUAGAGCACUAUGAAAAGAUUUUUCAUACUGCCCCAGACCCAAGCAUUCCUCUUCCUCAGCCUCAGUCUCGAUCUGGAUCCCGAAGGACAAGAGCAAUCUGCCUUUCCACAGGUUCCAGGAAGCCCAGAGGAAGGUAUACACCGUGCUUGGCAGAACCUGACAGUGACUCUUACAGCAGCAGCCCAGACAGCACGCCCAUGGGGAGCAUCGAGUCCCUCUCCUCUCAUUCCUCUGAACAAAACAGCACAACCAAGUCUGCUUCCUGCCAGGCCAGGGAGAAAUCUGGAGGAAUUCCUUGGAUUGUAUCCCCAUCACCCUCCAAUGGACAGAAAAGUCUUGGACUCUGGACAACUAGUCCUGAAUCAAGUUCUAAAGAGGAUGCGACCAAAACAGAUGCAGAAUCAGAUUGCCAGAGUGUUGCCUCGGUCACCAGCCCCGGGGAUGGUUCCCCACCCAUAGACCUGGUCAAGAAAGGGCCUUAUGGGCUUUCAGGACUGAAAAGAACAUCCGCUUCCUCUCUCAGAUCCAUCUCUGCAGCUGAAGGAAACAAGAGCUACUGUGGAUCCAUUCAAAGCUUAACUUCUGUAGGUUCCAAAGAGAUGCCCAAAGCCCCACCAAACCCAGACCUGCCUCCAAAAAUGUGCAGAAGGUUAAGGCUAGACACUGCUUCAAGCAAUGGCUACCAGCGACCUGGCUCUGUUGUGGCAGCAAAAGCCCAACUGUUUGAAAAUGUUGGUUCACUUAAACUGGAUUCUUCUGGGCGCCAAGCCAAAGCCAUGUACUCUUGUAAAGCAGAGCACAGCCAUGAACUUUCUUUCCCACAGGGGGCAAUAUUUUCUAAUGUAUACCCAUCAGUGGAACCAGGAUGGUUGAAGGCAACUUACGAAGGCAAAACAGGACUAGUUCCAGAAAAUUAUGUUGUCUUCCUCUAAUACUGUUUAGUGGAUGGCAGUAUCUUCAUGGUAUCCAUGGUAACAAUAAUAAGUGCUAUGAUUUUAUCUGACACAGAUAUGGGAAUCAGCCCACUAAAUGAAACGUAAAUUUCUAUCAAGUUCUACACCAGCAGACCAUGUAGCUCCCUAUAAAUGAAAAAGAAAAAAAAAAUGCAUAAAUUGUUAGCCAUGCCAUUCUUUUAAUUUUUACUUCUUGACUGGUUUCUUAUUUUAAAAUCUUGCCCCCGCCCUUGUUUUUGAUAACUAACUCUGCACAUUGUCUUUUCCAUAACAAUUGUAGAAUACUGUGUUAAGUACUAUAUCCCAGAAAUUUGGAAACUAGAAAUUUGCUGUAAGGAUUUUCAGAUAAGUCCUUUACUGUCUGGAAUUCUCUGAGGAACCUUGAAAUCAUUACUUAAAAUGUAAUUUAAAUUGUUCAUUCAUUAUUUUUUCUUACGAAUUUCUUUCUUUUCUAUGUCAUUGUUUUGCUGGUCCUAAACAUUUCAAGGAAAUAAGUUGUUGUUGUUUUUUUUAACGUUAAGUUUAUUUUUAUUUGUUUACCAAGUAGAUGAUGAUAUUCAAAAGGAAUAAUGUAAAUGAUGUCUAUAAAUGAAACCAAGUUAAGUCAUACACUGAUUUCAAUAUAAACACUCCAUUCAGCAUUCCAGAUGCCUUCUAUGGGUAUAGAGUGGGGAUUAGCAAACCAUUUCUGUCAAGACCUGAUAGUAAAUAUUUGGGGGUUUUGUAUACCCUAAAGGUCUUUACUACAGUACUCAACUGCCAUUGUAGCAGAAAGCACUCAUAGAUAAUGAAUAAGCAAAUGAAUAAGGCUUAGUGCCAAUACAACUUUAUUUAUGGACUCUGCAGUUUGAAAAUUUUCGAAAUUCUCAUUCUUAAAAUCUAUUGAAAAAUAGAAUAUUUUAGCUGUUGGGCCAUGUAAAACUAGUGGCAGGCCAGAUUUGACUCAUGGGUAAUAGUUUGCUGAUGCCUGGUUUAGAAGAUGUAUAAAACUUUCUUUAUAACUUUGGGAUUUAAUGAAAUUUUACCACAUUAACAUAUAAAUACUGAUAAGUCAUAUGCACAUAUCAUCUGAUAGUGGCAUUACAGUGGCAUCAAAAAAUAUAAUAAAAUGAAAACAAUGUAAAAAGUGGAUUUUUAAGGCAGCAGCCUAAAUUCUACUUGUAAGACUAUAAAGUGUCAAUGUAUUUUAUUGAUAUCUAAUAUUGGCUUUUGAGAAAUUCUUGUGCAGAUGAUAAAGAUUUUUUUAAAGGUACAAGUAUGCUUAAAUUCUUUUAAAUUCUAUACUUAGUUGCAAUAAAAACCAAACAUAAAGGUACAGGAUUCUUAAAUAAUCUUUAGCCUCAGAAUUUAAAAUUGUUUAAUCAUCUUUAGCAGGAAUAAAAUCUGUACCUGACUUUAUUUCAUGCCUUUCAAUUUAUAGCUUUUAUUAGGAAUUUCACUGAAUUUAUAGAGUGUAGAAAUAGAUAUUCACUACCCAUUUAAAUAGAUCAUCAACAUCUGGUCGUGCAUCAACCAUUAUUUCUAUUUCAAUUAUUCUAAUAUAUUAUCUCUAUAAAUAUCUGCAUGUGGCAAAGAGCCUCUCCUCUUAAGAUUCCAAAAAGCUGGUUACUUGCCAUUGAUGGCCACAGCACUGGUCCACUGGGACAUGAUAUUUUACUUGUUACUUCAGAUUUCUCCAUGUACAGACACUCAGGUAUUGACUGCAUAAAGCUCUUUUUGCAGACAGAGUCAAAAUCAGAAAUAAAUACCAGUACAUUGAAUAAAGGGAUGAAAAA